CACCUCGGGGUUUUCCGGAAGGAGUCGCAAUGUUUCCGCACAACGAAGCCUGUUCCGAAGAUUUCACGAACGCAAAUGAAUCCCAUCAUAAAAUUAUGCAUUCGAACGCCAAUGUUAUCGUUGUGUAUACUUGAGUGGUAUUCUUGGAUUUGAGGUCGCUCAUGAAUAGAAUGACGAACAUUUGAAAAAUUAGUUUUCACCAAUAAUGCCAGGUAAAUUGCGAAGACAAGAUUACGACCUCGUCGAAGAAGCUUACGACAGUAAGUCCCCAGUGCAUAACGAAGACGCGUUCGAUCAUGGAAUUGCCUUCAAAGUUAAGUAUAUUGGAACGAAAGAAAUCCAUAAACCUAGCAGCAGAGCUGAAAUUGUCACUGCUAUGCGACGAAUACGGUAUGAGUACAAAGUUUAUGGUGCCAAGAAGGAAAGGACAGAACUCUCAAUUGCAGUGAGUGGAAUUAAAGUGGUUCGAAGGGAGGAAGGCAAACGCAGCUGGAUCACACAUCAUAGAAAGAAAAACCCCUCUGUGGAAACAGAAGUUAUGCAAUACCCCAUUAACAGAAUUUUCUAUGUAUCGCAUGAUUCCCAAGAUCUGCAGAUCUUUAGUUUUAUUUCAAAGGAUGAUGAUCUUUUUAAAUGCAGUGUAUUUAAAGCAAGUAAUAAGGCAGAUGCUGUACACAUUGUGAGAACAGUAGGCCAAGCUUUUGAGGUGUGUCACAAGAGAACACUCAGUCAAGUGGCUCAAGAAAAUAAUUUAAAGAAUGAACAGGACAAACUAGAGAGUGAUGGGCCUGCAAGUGAUGUACCCAUGGUAACAGAAGGGACAAAUUCUACUGGGGGACAGAUUGAUUUCUCAUCAGACUCGGUGUUGGCUACUAAGGAUUACCCACCAGAGGCAGAUGCUGGUAUUGCACCCUUAACAAUUCAACAGCUGCGUCACAUAUAUCAACAGCAGCUGGAUCAUCAAAGGCAAGAGACAAAGGCAGCCCAGGCACAGAUAAAGCUUUUGACUCAGCAUCUUGAUGAUGAAGCUGCAGCAAGGCAGGUUCUCCAGAACCAACUAGACCAAGUGCUCAAGCAAAAUAAGGACUUGAUAACAACAAUAACACAGUUGGUUGAUCAAGUUCAGACUAUGCAAAAUCAAAUGCAUGGUCGUGGUGAUUCUGGUGUAAGCCUAAGUCUGGAUAUGGAUGGAAAGAUAUCUUCAGGAUCACCAUUACACUCACAAUUUUCAUCAUCUGGUGGCUCCUCUCCAGUCAAGGAUGGGUUGUUAUCAGCAGCAACAGCUGCUCAGAAACGUCGCAUGCUUGGUGAUCCUGUAUUUCCCACUAUUCCUCCUCCAGCUGUGACUCCAAGCCCUGUGAUGUCACACAGAAGUGUGAUGGAUCCUCUUGAUGGUAGUAUUUCCUCCCUACAGUCAAGCAGCAAAGUUGCAAGUGCAGAAUCUUUUGUGCGCAAUGCAGUCCCUGAAAGCAGCCCACUUCCUACCCUUGUGGAUUUGAGCUCUUCUGAUCUUGAAAUGGUUGAACCAAGACACGAACCUUUCCCUCAGCAGUUUCUACAGUUCACAUUUGACAGUGGCAAUUCAGCCAGCAAUGGUAGUUUAACACAGUUUAAUGGAGUAGGCAGCAAAGCCAACACAUCUUUACCACCUCAAAACAGCAGUGGAACAGCUCCUGUUUUGAAUGGCUCCUUUUGAUAUCAAGUUUGACAGAUAGUCUUCAAGUUGGCAGUCGUGGGGAAUGCUUAUCUUGGUACAACUUUUUUUAAGAUUUUCAAGAUAGCUAUUUUUAAUUAUCUUUCUUCUGAAUGUAGUGGAAUGAAACAUCAAGUCAAAUGCCCAGGAAUGAAAGAUAUCACUGACAGAAGAAAGUGAAUUAAAUGGCCAUAAGAAGGGUACAGGGUCAAUUUUAAAUUUUGUACGGGGCACAUCUCUAACCAGUGAUUUGCCUUGCAUUGUCUGCGAUUACAGUAGAAGGAUCCAGAUAUGUAUCUGUGGUUGACAAAAAAGAAUUUACAAAAACUACCUAGUGCACUAGGGAAUAUAUAAUUAAUUUGUCAGACUCAAACCUAAGUAAUGACUGAAAGAAUUUAACACUGCUUAUUGCUUGAGAAGGGAUGGUGACAGAUCAGAGGGUGAAACUGUCUUGAAAAAAAAUUUGAUGACUAAUGUCAUACUUAACGGCUAUGCAACAACAUAAGCAGAUUGGUGGCAUGGCAGUCAUUUGCAGGGCAAAAGGUAGAAGUUUGUCAGUUACAUCUUUAGUGAAUGGUUAAAUGUUUGCCCAUAUUAGUAAUGAGGAUGCACCCAAUAGACAUGUGUGGGCUGCUAAUGGACAAAUAUACGUAAGAGCAAAAAUGCAUGUAGUGUAAUUUUUCUCACAAGUUUUGUAUUAAUAUUUUCAAAUUAAUUGUAUAUAACUCACAGUCACAGAAGCCUAAAUUUGUGCAAUGUAUAUCCUUUAUUUUUAAGCACUGAAUUUAUGCAUUGGUAUAUUUGUACAGCUUUAUUAAAUAUGUCACAGUUUUACCAAACUUUUAUAUUAUUGAAAAAAUACUACAAAUUUCUUAUCCCAUUUGAAACAUAAACAUUUUGUACAUGCAGAUGCAAGUAUGAGCACUAUUUUUCCUUAAAGUACUUGUAAAAUAGUGGGCAAUUACCUUGAAAAAGCUGAGAAUGCAUACGUUUUGGGAAUUAUGCUCUUUAAGGAUUUCAAUUAUUUUUUAUUCAGAUACUAUUGUUAAUCAAAGUAGAGGAAGUAAUGAGAAUGAAAAGUGCAUUUGUGGGGUGCUUUUUAUUCUGAUAUCAGUCUAUCUUUUCAUGUGUAACUGUUCUCUUGAAUACAGUCGAAUGAAAUUGAGAAAUUUUAGGUUAUCAGUAUUUGAUGUUGACUCUAAACAAGAAAAGUAUUUUAAUGUAAAGGUGGCCAAACAAUCCAACACGUGACAUGAUAGCUACAGUACCACUCAGUAGUAAGUUGAUGGUCUCAACUUGGAACUCAAUUUAUUAAACUUCAUGAUUGUAUAGAACUCUGAUUUACAAUGCCAUUAUUCCAGAGCUUGUUUUACUACAAUUUUGAUAUCAUAAAUUAGUACCAUUACAAAAGUCAUUCAGAUUUAUUCAAGUAGCUUUGUAAUGAAAUGACACAGGGUUAUAUUGCUAGCAGGAACUGUCAAUUUUGUAUCCCAUUCUAGUCCUAGCUUAUGAGAUUUGAAUAUUUUUGCAUCUUCAAUACAGAGGAAAAAUUGCAUGUUAUCAUGACAUAUCAAUGGCACAUGGUAAUAUUUAAUCUUUGAUCACAAGUUAUAACAGUACAUGAUACAUUUUUUAAAUUACUGAGGAUAUUUAAACUUAAAAUAUUCUGGAGUGAGGGAACACUAGUGAAGAUGGCUUUUAUUGCAAUGAAUGAGAGCACUGAGUAAUAUAUAGAAAAUAAAAUGAAAAUUUAAUGAACAUU